UAGGGCUCCUUUUAAAGUCUUCUUCUUCUUCUUCGGGAUUGAUCUGAUAACUCUGUUGAUUCUGCAAGAAGUAGCUAAGAUUACAAUGGCUUGGCGCAGUGCAGGAUCUGCUGCUCGCUCUUUCGUUUCCGCCACCGCUAGAGCUCCGUCCCUCCGACCUCCGCCGGCAACGCUUCCGCGCCUCCGUCCUUCCCAGUCCUCUUUGCCUCGCCGCCGAUUCACAAAUCCAAGGAACUUGGGAGAGCUUGGAUGCACACAGUCUCUCUUGCCUUUGCACAACGUGGUGGCUUCGUCGAGACUCAUUUCUCACCUUAAUCUCAACGUGCGAGCUUUCUGCGAACUCCCUAACGGGAAUGGAAAAGAUGGGUGAUGGAAGUGGAUUUUCAGUUGCUGUCAAGAGAGAAGUGCUACUGCUUUUGUACUUAAAUGCACGAAGUGUGUUGCAUCAGUCAUCUUGAAGCAGAUGGAGACUUUAUAAAGGGGUGCCCCAAGAUGAACACAUUGGUCGUGUUGUGUUUCGUUAGGAACCAGAAAACUUAAUACAUUAUUUGGUCUUUCACACUUUUGACAACAACAUUGUUGUUUUUUUAAACUUCAAGUUUCUCAGUAUAAUUUCGAAUAACCAUUGUUUCA